AUGUCAUCUUUAGUCACAAAAUAUUGUCAUCAAUUCGAUGUUUGUUUAGUUUGUGCUGGAACUCAAACAAUCGACCCACCCAAAAACCUCAGUGUCGCUUGGUACUACCCAACUACUUGGAACUAUAGUAACAUUGCACCCCAAUAUGCUGCAAAUCAAAACUGUUCAUGGAUUUUUAAUAUUCCAAAAGGAAUGUUUGUAUCCUUUUCGUUGACGGCCAAUACAGCAUCUUCGACAACAAAGCUUACAAUGACAGAUUCACUCGGAUAUGUUUCCACAUUCUCAUCAGUGACUAUGGAGACAUAUUAUUUGGUAGCUCCAUCGUUUCGAGUAGACUUACAAUCAACACAAGUUGGAACAUUUGGAAUGGUUGUUCAGUGGUUCACAAUUGAUCCGAACGCCACUUCCAACGCUGUUACUUAUCAAGUACACUCAGCGUCAUCUCCAUUAAUUCUGUAUGGAGGAAAUUUUGAUCUUCCAACAGUAAUUCAAGCAGAUACUCUAGUCAGUCUUCUCCCGUUUUGGGGAAACAUCCUGCUUACUUCUUUUAUGCGUAUAACUCAAGUUUAUGAUGGGCCCUCAAUUGAUUCUCAAAAUAUUGGAAACUUGUAUAACAUGGCGAGUUCUGGACAAAACAUCAAAUCCUCUGGAAAAACAUUAACAAUUUUCUCACUUUAUCCGGGAAUCGGGGCAGCUGGAAAUCCGGUUAUUUUGCAAGACUAUUCAGAUGUGAAACAAUUCAAAUCUUACAAAGCAAUCGCUUGCAUUGUUCCUAAUAUGUGCGAGUUAUCUCUGGAUGCAACUCAAGGCGGCCCUGUAGCUGCUGUUCGAUUGUCACGUUUCUAUGUGAAGAACAUUGCCAUGCCAAGUACAAAUACUCUUUCAGUCUACACUAAUUAUGUGGCAACUGCUAACAAGUUGUCGGAUUAUACAUCGGCAACAGCAAAAACCAACAUUCCACAAUUAUUCAAUGGAAAACUCACAACGUUCGUAUUGGAUCAGGGCACGGCAACUGUUGUGUUCUCAGGAGAUUCAAUUGAUUCCAAAUGGUCCACAGCUUUCGAGGGUCGACGUGGAUUCUUUACAUCACCAAACUAUGCAACAAAUAGCACCGAACAAUCUUUCAACGAUCAAAUCUCCUCUUCUACGACUUUCGACAUCAGCUACACCAUUGAUGGGUCUUCCAUUGUUGGUAAUUCAGUACUUAAUGUCAUGAUCAAAUCGAAUCAGAAAGCAGUGAUCGAUAACUCAUAUUCCACUAAAAACUACCCAGGAGGACUUGUAAAGGCAACUGGAGACUUCAUUUCUGUGAACUAUCAAUCUCAAGGAUCCGCUUCUGUUGGACCAUUGAUUACAUUCCGAUUCGAUAAACAUAACUCGGCUAUGACACAUGGAUUCCUUCUUGCUAUUGCUGUGUCAAUUUGGAGAUUAUUCUAA